GGAUGCCCUUCUUUCUGCUCUGAUGACGCGAAGGAGAGGUCGGAAUAGCUUCCCGUGAGAGAGGUCGCGAGGGAUAGUUAGGGAAGAGGUUUGUGGCCUCGAUGCUGUGAGAGGUCGCCGGGAAUGGACGAGGACGGUUUGCCUCUCGUAGGUUCGGGCAUCGACCUGACCAAGGUUCCAGCUAUCCAACAAAAGAGAACAGUGGCGUUUCUAAACCAAUUUGUGGUUCAUACAGUUCAGUUCCUGAAUCGAUUUUCAACUGUAUGUGAAGAGAAAUUGUCAGCACUUUCCCUCCGUAUUCAGCAAAUUGAAACUUUGCUCAAUAUUCUGGAUGCAAAGUUAUCUUCCGUGCCUGGCCUAGAAGAUGAGAUCUCAAACACAAGUGUUAUGAAUGGCUCUGUCUCACAAAUGUUGGUAGAUCCACAGACAACAAAUGUAUCACCUAACGUGGAGACCAGUGUACCUGAAUUAGGACAACAGAAGACAGAUGGAACUAGUGAAAAUGUCAUCACUGUUGCAAAGGAUCCACGCUAUGCCAGAUACCUGAAAAUGGUUCAAGUGGGUGUUCCUGUUAUGGCAAUAAGAAACAAAAUGAUUUCUGAAGGAUUAAACCCAGAUCUUCUUGAAACACCAGAUGCUCCGGUGCCUGCAUGGGGAGAUGAGACAAAUGCAGGAGAAAGUUCUGAUAGCGAAUCGUCAUUUAGCGACUAAGAGUGUUGCCUUUGGUGGGAAAAUGUUUAACUUUUCCUUAAAAACACUGUCUAGUCUUUCUCUCUGUUAAAUGCUGAUGUACAAACUUGUAACAUGCUUUCCUGAAUUUCUUGAGCCAUAUGAGGUAUUCUCUAAAAGCAGCAGCUUUGCACAGUAAUAUAUUCAUUUUGUAUAGACUUUAGACUAAAAGCCCGGUUCAGGAAAACUGGCACAUUAUGUAAUUACAUUACCUUAUAUAAGAUGUGGAUGUCUUUGACUUGAGUAAAUGUUGUCCUAAGAAUAUCCAGGGUAAACCUGAAGAUGGGACUGGACUCACACCCUCUUUCCAUCUAAAUUAUGGUGCCCUCCAUCGCUUUUGAUAGCACAUCAUCUUGUAAAUUACAAAAAAUAUUUUUAUGUCUAUUCCUGGUAACCAUUCAGAAUUCAGUGAAUGCUGAUCUGUGUCUCCAUGUUGUAGGAGAAUUCAAAGCCUUUGGGAUGGGUGCACACAUUUCGUCUGUUCCAUGAUUUAAGAGUUGGAAAUGGAAGUGACAGGAAGAAGGACAAAAGGGAAUGCUGUCUGUUUGAAAUGAAUGGUCAUCAUUUUGUUUGGGCAAGUUACUAGACGUUUUUAUACAGCCUCUCAUUUUUCUUUCUCAGAGUAGCCAUUUACCAACAUUUGCAAAUAUUACCUUUGGAUAGGAGCAGAUUGUAUCACUGUUAUCCUGCCUGGCAAAGCAUAUGUAGUCUUUCCUUAUUAUAAAAAUUUUCUUCUUGAGAAUUACAGUGAAAUCAGUAUAUAGAAGAUAUAAAAUAUGUAAAAAUGUAUAAAUUCUGAACACUGUUAGAAUGACAUAAUCUCCUAACCUUUCGCAUGAUAACAAUGUACUGAUAAAUUGAAGGGGAGUUAUAACUAAACAAUCCACAACUUUACAUUGUUUCAAAAGGCUGCCAUUUACUCAUCAAUCCCCCCCCCCCCCAAAAAAAAAAACCAUUGGUCUUCUUGUAGAGAAACUUAGUAAUGAAUGAUUACAAACAUAUUCUUCUAGAUUUUUUUUAAAAAAGAAAAAAACUACUAGGCCCCUUCAUGUAUUAAACAAUGCAUAUAUUUUCAGAGUUUGGCCAAUUUUAUCAAUAAUGUGAAUUUCACUAAAGACCAUAAUAAAUUUUAAGUAUUCGGUAAGUGUGCAUAAAUGAACUGCAUUUUCACAAAGCGCUAAGCCCAAAUCAGACACAAUGUCUUAAGAUAUAAGAAGUAAAUAUUUAACACAUCCUAUCCCCAAUAUUUUAUUGUGCUCUACUUCUCCCAAUAAUAGAAAAUGUUUUCAGUACUGUUGAUUAUCUCUGAGCUGGAAGUCCUAAUUAGUCAUUAAAAAUAUACUCUGGUGU